GCACUACCCAUUUUGGCUCGUUCACACCUAAUGUAGUCACUUGCGUAUUCAACUCUUCCAACUCAUACACAUACUAAACACUAUUGCUCAAAUUUGUCCCAUUUCCUCGAACCAGCAAAUCACAAUAAUCCACAAAAGGAUCACUAUAUAUACUUCUAUAUAGCUGAAUUAGACAUGAGGAUAGAAGAAAGUACAGAAGAAGAAAAAAUGGCGAUUUUAUCAGAUAAUCAGAACUCAGAAGAUGCAACUCAAACCCCAAAAACCAGAAAGAAGGGUGGUUUAAUUACCAUGCCCUUUAUUAUUGUGAAUGAGGCAUUUGAGAAGGUAUCAAGUUAUGGAUUAUUGCCCAACAUGAUAUUUUACUUGAUGAAUGUUUAUCACUUGGAUGCUGCAAAAGGGACUAUUAUAUUGUCACUAUGGUCUGCACUUUCUAAUGCCAUGGCUAUUUUUGGAGGAUUUCUCUCAGAUUCUUACUUGGGUCGUUUUCGGGUUAUUGCUUUUGGGACUUUCUGCAGUCUUCUUGGUGUUACUCUACUUUGGUUGACUUCCAUGAUCCCAGCGUUGAAACCUUCAGCUUGUCCAAACUCUAGAGAGGGUUGUGGCUCAGCUACUCCAGCUCAAUUUCUUGUUCUGUAUGCUUCUUUCGGCCUAAUCUCCAUUGGAGCUGGUUGUGUGAGACCUUGUUCUAUAGCUUUUGGCGCGGAUCAAGUCAAUGAUAAAGAGAACCCCAAUAACGAGAGGGUUCUAGAUAGUUUCUUUAACUGGUAUUAUGCCUCAACAGGAUUGUCGACCAUCCUUGCCUUGACAGUUAUCGUGUAUAUCCAAGAACAAUUUGGCUGGUCCAUUGGAUUUGGUGUGCCCGCAAUUCUCAUGGUCCUUUCUCUUGCGGCCUUUCUAUUCGGUUCACCAUUGUAUGUUCAUGUGAAGGCUAAGGAGAACUUGUUUCUUGGUUUAUUUCAAGUCCCAAUAGCUGCAUUCAGGAAAAGGAAAACUACUCUUCCUCCUCUUGAUGCUGAAGAGCAUUUCCUUCGUGGAAACGAUUCUGAGAAAACAACCCUGACUGAAAACUUAAGGUGUUUGAACAAAGCUUGUGUAAUCGAAGAUCCUCAAAGAGACUUGAAUUCUGAUGGGACCGCGAGCACUCCUUGGAAACUCUGCACAAUAGAGCGAGUAGAGAAUCUUAAAUCAAUCUUAAGAAUCUUGCCUAUGUGGACUACGGGAAUCAUGAUGCUAGUAGCCCUAAAUGGCAGCUAUGUAACCCUUCAAGCCAAAUCUAUGAACCGCCAUCUCAUUUCAGAUUUUCAAAUCCCAGCUGGAACUUUUCUUGUUUUUUCAAUCGUGACUAUUACAUUCUGGGUAGCAUUCUAUGAUCGUGCUCUAGUACCAUUGUUAGCAAAGUUCUGUGGCAUGCCACGUGGGCUCGGACCUAGACUCCGUAUGGGAAUCGGGUUACUUCUAUCAUGCAUAGCACUCUUGGUUGCCGGAUUCGUGGAAUCAAUACGAAGGAGCAACGCACUAAAACAAGGGUUAGCAGAUAAACCUAAUGCAGUAAUGGACAUGUCUGCAUACUGGUUGAUCCCACAGCUUGUGAUACUAGGACUUGCUGAGGGUUUCAAUGCAGUUGGACAGAUAGAAUUUUAUUAUUCUCACCUUUCUAAGAGUAUGUCAAGUAUUGCAAUGGCUAUAUUCACAUUAGGAAUGGCGGUAUCAAGUCUCGUGAGUAGUCUCUUGGUUGAUAUUGUUGAUACAGCAACGAGCGCUGGCGGUAAGGUGAGCUGGUUAUCGAGGAACCUGAAUAGGGGUCAUGUGGACUACUAUUAUUGGUUGGUAUCUUUUCUGUGUCUGCUCAAUUUCUUUUAUUUUCUUGUAUGUUGUCGAAUAUAUGGUGCCGACCCAUCUGAGGGCCAGACUCACAGAAGGAAGAAGUAUGAUAGAGUAGAGGAGGAUUUAGCUUAAUUUUACAUGCCUUAGCUUUUUUGGGUUCUUAAUGUUGUAAUUUUUAUGUAUACUAUGUUAUACUUUUAUCUGUAACAUUCUUGACAUUAUAAUAUAUUGAUAGCCUACAUAUUUUUUCUAAA